GUAAAUAUUGUUAUUCGCUUUGGGAGGAGUUGUGCGUGGGUUGAAGUGCGACAGGCGUAUGUUGUCGCGCGGCUGAUAAAUGUAGUGGCAGUGUAUACAUUGUGUUGUCAGUUACUGGGUUUAAGCUAUCGCAUUCUAUUUGUUUAGUACUUGCCAGGUAAUUAAGAGACCGUAAAUGGAUAUAUGCUCUCCACGUGGCCCUAUCGUUAACCUCAGAUUUGUUUACAAGUUGCGGCUUGCGAAAUUUAUUCGGUAUAACUAUGUCUUGUGAUUACGAUGACAGCGAGUUCUUGGACUUUAAAGAAUUGGAAGAACAGAUAACUCAGAUAGUAGACAAUGGAAACCUCGAGGAAAUGCUUCGCAUACAAUUGUCGGAGUUUGAAAUGUUACAGUCCAUGUUUUCAAAUCCAGGAGAAUUUUGUGUGGAUGACCCAAGCGUUAUAGCCGAUAUAAAUGAGUUUGUGGACGGAAGGUGUUCUAUCAUUCCACCUCGUUUAGAUUUUAGUAUAAAUUUAUUUAUAGAUAUGGCCAAGUUCGAAGUCUGUGUGAACCUCCCACACGAUUAUCCAGCUACUGAGCCAGAUAUUUUUGUGAGAAGUGACAAACUCAGCAGAAACCAGCAACACAGUUUAAAUAUUGACCUUAGCAAAUUUAUUGCUGAUCUUGAUCGAGGUGAAAUCUGUAUCUGCUCCGCAAUUUCUUGGCUUCAAGAAAAUGCUACUCAUUAUUACGUUGCAAUUAAACCAGAACCACAAGUGAAAAUAUGCGAAGAUGAAGAUUUGUUUACCCGGUACUGGAUAUAUUCUCAUCACAUUUACAGUAAAAUAAAAAGGAGAGAAGUAUUGGAUCUUGCUCAUGAAUUUAACAUCACAGGAUUUUGCCUUCCUGGAAAACCUGGAAUUAUUUGCGCUGAAGGUUCCUCUAUGAAUUGUGGUGAAUGGUGGCAAAAGGUGAAGAGCAUGAACUGGAAAAAGAUCAUGUGUAAGAAGAAGGAAACAUUCAAGUUAAAUGGAGGAGAAAUGGAUGAACUUCGGAAAUUUCCCAGUUUUCGUGAGAUUUCUUUUGAAUCUGGUAAGGGAAAAUCUCAGGAACAUCACAUGGACAUGGGUGAAUUUUAUAGGUAUCUUGCAGAACAUAACUGCAGCUAUGUAUUCAAAGACUAUUUCGGUGUGGAUGGUAAAUGAAGAAUACACCCAUAAAAAUACUCACUGUUUCUCAGUUUGAAUUACAGUAUGUCUGUGUCUCAGCUGUACUUCAUCACAGUUCUAGUGUAAAUAGUAAUGUAUGAUUACACCUAUUUUCCAGAUGAAGUCUUAAGUAGUUGUACAGGUCAACCCAUUGUUGUUGUUAAGUUUCUUUCACAGAUUUAAUUAAUUCUUUCAUUUAGCUAUUAAAAUUAUGUUUCAUUCCUGUUCUAUUUCUAGAGAAUGCUUUCUUUUUUUAAUUUUUGUAUGUUUGAUAUACUUUGUAUGUUUAAGGAAAUCCUCAUACACUGGAAUAAAAUUUAAGCAGCUGUCAUUUCCAUGUAGUAUCAGCAGUACUAAAGUGAACAAAAGUUGAAUCAGUGUUGAGAGUAAUUCCUCGUUGAAAAGACAUUACUGUACUGUGGCAUUCACACCAAUC